AUGGACAUCCGCUUGACACCUACAACUACACUGUCUCUGUAUGUGACUUUCUCUGUUGUAGAUGAAAAAUGCCCUUGGUUAGUUUUAACAGGCCCAGAGAUACAUCCCAAAAUUUGGGACAAGGUGGGCAAAGAUCUUAGUAAGAUGAUUAAAGGAGGUGAUUCUGUGCCAGAAAUUAUUUUUAGUUACUGGUCCCUGAUCAGGGACAUCAUAAAUAGUCCAGAAAAAGGAGGGGAUGGUUCCCAUCUCCUAACGAUAGUCACUGAAUUCUUAGAGGCAUCCCGCCCGCCAUCUUGUAAAAAUGAAGAGGGUGGGUGUUCUUCCCCCUGUCCUUCGGUUGUUAUUAGUAUCCCCGAGGACCCCUCCCCAGGACCUAUUAAAUCUAUAACAGCUCCCCAAAAAGAGACCGUGCCCGCUGAAGAUGAGAUCCAAAAGCCGCCUAAAAGCAUUUAUCCAUCGCUGGUCGCUUUUAAAAAUGAAAUCAAACCCGGCCUGCAGGACUUGGAUCGCUGGAUUCAAAGUUCAGAGGAGCCUUUGGAUUCAGGGUCCGAAAAUGAGUUAGAGGUAGAAGCGGCUAGUUAUGAGAAAGGAAGGUAUGGUAGAGGGGAUAAAGCCCCCCGCGUCUUUCUUAGUCAGCCAAAAAGGACUCCGCGGCCACCGCCUUAUGUUCUGACUGCCCCCGAUAGCAUGCCUUUGCCCACUCCCUUGAUUCAGGAAUUACUUAAUACAAAAGCUGCCCUUAAGGCGCAAAUAGGAGGUCUCAAACAAGUGCUUGCAUUACAACAUGAGCUCUCAGACCUUUCUGUUCAGAUUCAGGAUUUACAGUUUACUAUGGGAAAGGGCACGACUUUAGACAAACGGGCAAACUCUAAACUUAAUCGUAAAAUGGCUUAUCCAGUCCUGACCUGGUCACGAGCCAGGCAAGUGGAAGAGGCUGCUGAGUCUCAGCCUGAUACCACAGAAACCCCCCCAGGGCUAGAGCCAAGGGCUGAAGCCCUUGCAAACGAAAAUAGAAGGAACCCAUUAAGUCAGACUGCCUCCUGGACAGCUGAUAAAAUUGCUGGUAAAGGCAAGUUUGCAGAUGAAGACAAGCAAAAAGGACUGUCCACUGGGAUACUUUCCCAGACGGCACAGGCUGCUUUGGCAGCCUGGAGGGCACAGGCUGCUUUGGCAGCCUGGAGGGCAGUUCCCUCCACUGGCGCCACUACCACCCCGCUCAUUAAAAUCAUUCAGGGACCUCAGGAACCAUAUGCUCAGUUUAUGGGUCGGCUCCAAGAAAUAGCAGAAAGAAUCUUGGGGCCAGAGGAAAUGGAAGGGACCUUGGUCAAACAGCUGGCCUUUGAGAAUGCCAAUACUGCAUGUAAAGCUGCAUUAAGGGGAAAAAUGAGGAACAUUGAUGUUUCUGGUAUGAUUAAGGUGUGCAAUGAGGUAGACAAUUUUGGUCACCAGCUAUCAAAGUCAAUCAGCCUGGCCAUCGGCGCAGUAUUUCAGGGACAAAGGGGACACUCUCGCCCCGGAGGGAAGACAUGUUUCACCUGUGGUCAACUGGGACACUUUGCGAGAGAAUGCCCCUCUCGACCGAUAGUUGAGAAUAACCAAAAUUGUCCUGAGAAUAGAGGGGGUGGCCCUCCAGGACCCUGCCCCCGAUGUAGGUGGGGCAAACAUUGGGCAAGGUAUUGCAAAUCCAAGACUGAUAAUAUGGGCAACUCCCUAACCCCUGUCUCAGCUACUGUGGUUCAGGGAAACGGGAGAGGGGCCCCGAUCGGGGGCCCUUACUCACCAAUUCUGUACCAGCCAGCUCAUGCAAGGGGAAUGACCCAACGUCAAAACCCCUUUACAGGGCCACCCCAGGGAGCGCAGGAUUGGACUUGUGCCCCUCCUCCACCCAGAUUAUAA